AUGACGCGCGCUACCCAGACCAUCAGCAUUGGCAUGCUCCUGACCUCCAUCUACCUUUCCCUCUUCCUCCAAGUCGUCCCUCUGCCUCAGAAGAUCCAAGAGGAGAUUGUUCCUUUCCUUCCCUUCUGGGCUCUCAUCUCCUUCGGCGCAUACCUCCUCUUCAAGCUCGGCUGGGGAGUCUUCACCUUCAACGACGUACCCCAAGCGCACGCGGAGCUGAUGCAGCAAAUAGCAGAGGCGCGGAAAGACCUCCAGGCAAAGGGCGUAGAUGUUGGUGAAGACUAG